AUGAGUGGAGUCACUACCUGCUCGAGGUUCCCUGGCCAGCUGAAUGCUGCCCUGCGUAAGCUAGCUGUCAACAUGGUCCCCUUCCCCCGCCUGCACCCCCUCACCAGCAGAGGCAGCCAGCUGUACCGUGCCCUGACUGUCCCUGAGCUCACCCAGCAGAUGUUUGAUGCUAAGACUCACACACUCUAUAAUAUAAUAAUAUAAUAAUAAUAAUAAUAAUAUGCCAUUUAGCAGACGCUUUUAUCCAAAGCGACUUAUAGUCAUGUGCGCAUACAUGUUUACUUAUGGGUGGUCCCGGGGAUCGAAACCCACUACCCUGGCGUUACAAGCGCCAUGCUCUACCAAUUGAGCUACAGAGGACUACCUCACUGUGGCCGCCAUCUUCCGUGGCCGCAUGUCCACGGAGGUGGACAAGCAGAUGCUGAACGUCCAGAACAAGAACUAGCAGCUACUUCGUGGAAUGGAUCCCCAACAACGUCAAGACCGCGGUCUGUGACAUCCCACCCCCGUGGGCUGAAGAUGGCCGCCACCUUCAUCGGCAACAGCACAGCCAUCCAGGAGCUGUUCAAGCGCAUCUCUGAGCAGUUCACAGCCUUGUUCCGUCACCGGGGAGGGCAUGGAUGAGCUGGAGUUCACUGAGGCCGAGAGCAACAUGAAGGACCUGGUGUCUGAGUGCCAACAGUACCAGGAGGAGGGGGAAGAGGAUGUGGGCUGA